AUUGUAGUCCAAGGUUGUCAGCGGCAUGAACAAGGAAUCGGCUGUUCCGGAGGUGUAUCCUGCAAAAUAAACCGUUCUUCCUACUCGGAGCGUUGAUACGAUAGACGCAGCCCUGUAGAGCUUGGUUGUUGUGAGAUAGAAGACAGACAGGGGAAGCCGCCUAGCGUUACAGUGAAGCUUGCGUGUACUUGAGAUCAGGUAGACCUCACAGCACGAGAAAACUGGCCAAAAGCCAAAGGAUAAUAUUCCCGAUCUGCCAUUCCGCGGACGGGGCUGCAUUGGCGAUAAAACAGAAUGGAUAUCAAGGAUUCCCUGAAGGCGGCAGGGCGCGCCAUCAAGAACAGUCCACGCACGGUGAAGCGCAAGAUAGCGGAGGUCAAGUCUAAGCAAAGAAUGAAAGAUGAAUGGUUCAGCUCCAAUGAUGCAGUGAUUGCUGGUGUUACGUUUUAUGUCAAGUACUUGGGUACUGUGAAGGUGACGCAAUCUCAGGGACAAGGUUGCACAGAUGAAGCUGUGGUACGCAUCCUGGCUCAUGCCAAGCAAAGAAAACACGCAGGGCAGAAGCUUACCAAAAUGGCUCUUACUGUGUCGUCAAAGUCCAUGACAUUGGUUGAAAUCGCCACCGCUAACAAACUGGAUGAAAUACCUAUGUACAGGAUAUCUUACUGCACCACCGAUGGCCGCAACAAGAAAGUCUUCAGCUACAUUGCAAGAAACCGAGAUGCACCAGACCUGGAGUGCCACUCAUUUGUAUGCAGCAGUCCGUCUAAGGCACAAGCUAUGACCCUGUCGGUUGCACAGGCUUUCAAUGUCGCCUUUGAUACCUGGCAGCAAGCCAAGGCACGCCGACAGGCUCAAAUGGAGGCACUGAAGAAGCGACAGGAAGCCAAAGAUGCCGCCGGUGAGCCGCAAGCAGGUGCCGAGAGUGCAGCUGCACCUGCAGCAGCAGCCGCAGCAGCAGCAACCGCUGGAGCACAAGCAGGCACCCUGAUUGACGUCGGGGACCAGGCAGCCGCUGCGGGCACGUUGGAAGACCAUCAAGUGGAUGAGCUGGCGGACAAGAUGGCAGAUUGGGACAUGGACAAUGAUCUAGAUGCCGAGUUUUCCAAGCUGGCUGUUAUUCGAACAAAUCCAAACCAGCUGGAGAUUGGCGGCUUUGGUGAUGAAUUCAACGAGGAGGAGAUCAUGACCUUCCAGAAGGGAGAAGCUGGCCCUGAUGACUUGGAUCGCACUCCAUCACAUGACGAUCUGCUUGAUUUCUAAAGGGUGUUCAACACCUACCGCCUUUCAUAUUUUGAGUUUGUGUUCCAGUAUGCAGGGCGAUGUAGAUACAUCAAGGUAAAACUUCAUUUUUCUCACUCACAAUCUCCUACUUUCACACCCUGGACUGGCUCCUGUGACCACACAAUACUGUACUCUCCUACUUUCACACCCUGGACUGGCUCCUGUGACCACACAAUACUGUACUCUCCUACUUUCACACCCUGGACUGGAUCCCGUGACCACACAAUACUGGCAAGAUUUGCGGAUUUUUUUAUUCAGAUGAAUCUAAGUGUAAUCACGUCUCCCAGCUCAAUGGCUGGCCAAACGUCUGAUCAUAUCUAUGAGUACCGUGGGUGCCACGAGAAAGAAUAUCAUAGUUCGGCACAACAUUUCAUGUCUAAUAAUGUACAAGCGUUAUUACUUGUAUAUUUACAUGCAUAGAAUUGAUUCAUAGCAUUAAAAACAAUAGUAUGAUCGCUGUUUGCUCUCAAAUAUAUUGAAGUUCAAUUUCAUGAUAAAGG